CGGGCGGGGGGCGGGCCGGGCCGGCCCCACCGGGCACAACCUUCAAAUAGCGCCCUUGGGCUCCGUGCUGCGCAGCGCCCUGCGUCUCUGAGCCAUGGGUGGCAAGAAGGUUUGCAUCGUGGGCUCCGGCAAUUGGGGCUCGGCCAUCGCCAAGAUCGUGGGCAGCAAUGCGGCGCGGCUGGGUACCUUCGAGAACACGGUGAACAUGUGGGUGCUGGAGGAGGAGGUGGGCGGCCGGCGGCUCACCGAGAUCAUAAACACCGAGCACGAGAACGUCAAGUACCUGCCGGGGCACAAACUGCCCCACAACGUGGUGGCAGAGCCCGACCUGGUGAAAGCUUGCUCCGGGGCUGACAUCCUCCUGUUCGUGGUGCCCCAUCAGUUCAUCGGCAAAGUCUGCGACCAGAUCAAGGCCCACGUGAAGAAAGGUGCUAUCGGGAUGUCACUCAUCAAGGGGGUGGAUGAAGGACCAGAUGGACUGAGGUUGAUCUCAGACAUCAUCCACGAGAAACUGGGAAUUGAGAUGAGUGUCCUCAUGGGGGCCAACAUUGCCAGUGAAGUGGCAGAUGAGAAGUUCUGCGAAACAACCAUCGGCUGUAAGAAUGUACAGUAUGGGCAGAUCCUGAAGGAGCUGAUGCAGACACCGAACUUUCGGGUCACAGUGGUGCAGGAAGCUGACACUGUAGAGAUCUGUGGUGCUCUGAAGAAUGUUGUGGCUGUAGGGGCUGGUUUCUGCGAUGGUCUUGGCUUUGGAGACAAUACGAAGGCUGCUGUUAUCCGUCUGGGGCUGAUGGAGAUGAUUAGCUUCGCCAAGAUCUUCUGCAAGGGCCCUGUCACCCCUUCCACCUUCCUGGAGAGCUGUGGGAUCGCUGAUCUCAUCACCACCUGCUACGGUGGUCGCAACCGAAAAGUGGCCGAGGCUUUUGCCAAGACUGGGAAGUCUAUUGAGCAGCUGGAGAAGGAGAUGUUGAAUGGGCAGAAGCUGCAAGGUCCCCAGACGUCUGCUGAGCUGCAUCACAUCCUUAAAAUGAAGAACAUGGUGGAUAAGUUCCCCCUCUUCACAGCUGUCUAUCAGAUCUGCUAUGAGGGCAAACCUGUUUCUGAUGUCAUCAAGUGUCUCCAGAACCACCCUGAGCACAUGUAAACGGGCUCUGCCUGCACAACCACGAAUCCUGUUGAGAGGAGGGAUGAGCUCCCACCUACACCACCUUGCUGCUGCUACAGCUUUGUGAGGAGUCCAGACUUCUGGGAGCCUUUGCAGAUCACUGCAAAGGCAGAGGUUCCCCUGUCUGAGCCUGGCAUCUGCACGGAGGUACCUGCUGAUCUCCUUUUUUCUCUGAAGGGCUCAUUUAGCUUCUGCUGCUGCCUAGAUCCUGCCCUGAGUGGGGCUGAGCGUCUUCCUCCUUUCCCUUUCUUUUGCUUUGGUGGAUUCAGUUCUCAGAGAGACUGUUAGGUCGUCGUGAUCGAUCCAGGCUAUGCAGGAGGCACUGCCUGGCAGGUCAAGCUUUGCUAUUAGCCCCGUGGGGCCUCUUGGCAUGACACUAGCUCUUCCCUGCUUGCUGCUGUUGCUUUUAACUGUCUCACAGAGGGGCUGUGUCAGUUCCUUCCAGGAUCCACAAGAGACUGAAGCUCCCGAGGACUUUCAAAGGAGCUGAUCAUCACUCUUCUAAGAACCAGCAUAUAAAAUAGCUCUUUGCCCCCUGCCAUGUGCAGCUUCCUCAGUCACCACCAGCUGCUUUUGCUGCACAGCACAGCCAGCAUUUUGCCUGUGUGAGGGCAGCUCCAGAGAGAGCCCUUGGAGUUCAAUGAUUUCACUUUUUGUUCUCACAGCUGACCCUGGCCUCUGACUCCUUUUGUCACUGAUCUGCCUGUGCUAAUUCUGUGCCUGCUGGCUGUCCCUGGCCAGCUCUCCUCCCUCGUAUCAACUUGUUCUCUGGCUGGCUUUGGCAAUGCAGGGACCAACUGCCCCGAAGUCUUUCUGAGCAGCUGGCGGGCUGCGUAGCCCUUGGCAGUGUACCUGAUAAAGCAGUUGGGCUGUUGCUCUUAGAGGAAUGAUCCACAGCAGCUUUUUGCCUUCUCUCUGGCUUGUUCCACUAUGUGCCUUAGGCUGGCCUCUGCUUCUCUGUGUGCAUUUACAAGAGCUGAGAAAGCAGGUUCCACGCUUUCCCUGCUCUUGUGAGACUGCCCACGGGCAGGACAAGGGGCAGCAAAGGACGUGAUCCACAACAGGUACAGAGAGCCCUCCCACAGCACAGCAGGGGACAGAGGUCUCAUGCCUUGUGCUGUGCUUUUGAAACUUGCCCCUUGUCCAGCUUGCCGCUAGAUGCCCCUCAGACACUGACUCUGGCUUGCUACUGCUGUCGCUCAGGGCACUGUGUCCAGUGGCUGGCUGUUCCCAUCCGGGGCAGGCUAGAGCUGCUGCAGGUCUUGCUGAAUGCCCUCAGGCCAGGUCCGAGUGCUGCAGGUUCUCUGACUGGCAAUGAACUUCAUGAAUGUGUAAAAUUAUAAUAAAUUUGGAGGGGGAAGGGGAGGCCGUUCA